CAAAAUCUACAACAAAAAUGCUCAAAUUUAGUGUUCAAUUAACUGUGAUAAUAAUUUUGUUAAGUUUAUUUAAUUCCUCGGAUGCAUUACUUCGACGUUGUUUUCAAUGUCGUUCCCGUGGAGAAUUAGGCAGUUGUAAGGAUCCUUUCACAUUCAAUGCCACUGAUGUGGAAAAAGAAUCUGGUGUUACGGCAAUACCAUGUGCAUCCGGCUGGUGUGGUAAAGUAAUCGAAGGCGGUGGUACUUAUGCUGUUGAUGAUUACGAUCAGGCCAUACAACGCAUGUGCGUACAACGUGGACCCGAUGACAAUCAGGAUCGAUGCGCCAAUACAAUUUACAAUUAUAAAAAAGUCUAUAUGUGUUUUUGUCAAGGUGAUUUGUGCAAUAGUGGUGAAUCGUUAAUAAAUCAUAAGAACACGAUGACAAUAUUAGGACUGGGUGCAUUCAUAUUAUUGGCCGUUUAUAAUCGUUAUUUAUAA